UAAAACGACAAGCAUUGGUUAAUUAAAGACGUUUGGGUCACCUACAGUACUUUUCACGCCCAUCCCCGCCAGAGAUUUGGCGGUCGAUCGCGACAAUUCUCCAAUCGCUCACGACAACGCGACCGGCGACAUUAAAACCGUCUUGUCGAUGCACCACAACACGCACGCAUCGCAUCCAGCAAAGAGUCGCCCAACAUGAGUUUCAUGCCAGUCAACCCGCGGCCGAUGCUGCAAGACCUUGUCAACAAAGACGUUUACGUGCGCCUAAAAUGGGGCGAAACCGAAUACAAGGGCAGGCUGGUCAGCAUCGACAGCUACAUGAACAUACAACUCAGCAACGCGCAGGAAUAUAUCGAUCAAAAGCUCGAAGGCGAUUUGGGCCAAAUCCUAAUCAGGUGCAACAACGUACUCUGGGUCAGGAGCGCGGCAACCGACGAAAAUGGCGACGUCAAAAUGGAGUAAUUUGGGGGCGGAAAGCUGUAUUGUGAGGGAGGUGGACUAAACCCGAAAUAUAACAGAAACGGUUUUUGAUUUUCCUGGGCGAGCUCGGGCUACCGUGCCACUGUCCCGAUAUUUGCUGGACGGGGCGGGAUAUAGCCGGCAUGGAAAUCGCAGGACAUACCAGUGGCUGAAGGACAUUACUCUGAGAAACAAAGAAAACUCUCGAUAUAUCGAUGCGUAACGGGUGGGUCAGGCACAAAAUGCUGAGCGAAUAGAAAAGGCGAGACAACCUGCUCGCUGAGAGUGAUGAUAUUGACGGAUAGGAAGCUCUGUGACGAACCAACGCAGACAUUCUCUAUACUUGGGGGACACAAAAAGAAAGAGGCAGAUACAAAGCCUUUUUUUUAUCCUAAUGCGGAUGUUUGAUUGCUAGAUAUCUUGAAAAAGACCUUCACAUCAAACAUGCUAUCUUUCUACUGCUGUGCAAAUCGGAAGCUCCAAUCUUCACCCUCUGUGUCUGGCUGACCCAAAGAUACGCCUCGACCAUCCACUCGUACCAGACCCUCGUGUCAUCGGUCUGUCUCCACAUGCUCACCUCCAACUCUGCAUCCUCAGGGAAGUAAAGGGGUUUCUGUCGGACAUGUUAGAUCACGCACAGGCAUGUCGAGUUAAAUCCAGUAAAGUAAGGGUAUAAAAAAGUUCUUACGUUUAGAGGGAAGUAGAUCGGGAACCAAGAGAUC